AGCCACUCCCACUAGCAAACAAACGCAGCAGGGUAGAACACUUUUAGCUGUAGAAGUGCACAUUUUCAAUAUCGAUUUCAAGGAAGUUUCCACAACGUCUCACACAAUGAGAGGCGAGAGGGGUCGAGGCCGUUUUGGGGCUCGCGGUGGAGGACCUGUACCAGGUUUUCGCCCAUUUAUCCCUCACAUCCCCUUUGACCUGUACGUGUGUGAAAUGGCCUUCCCUCGCCUGAAGCCGGCCCCUGAUGAGACAGCCUUCAGUGAGGCCCUACUGAAGAGGAACCAGGACCUUGGCCCCACCUCUGUUGAACAGUCAUCCAUCUUGUCACUGGUCACCAAAAUCACCAACGUCAUUGACAACUUCAUCGUUUCAGCUGGGGCUGAUGAAGUGGAAAUUGAGGAAAUGAGACAGGUGGGCUCCUACAAGAAAGGCACCAUGACAACAGGACACAAUGUUGCUGACCUUGCUGUCAUUCUCAAGAUAUUGCCUUCUGUGGAGACAGUGACAGCUCUGGGAAACAAGGUGGUGGAGACCCUACGCACACAGGACCCUUCAGAAGUACUCUCCAUGCUGCCCAAUGAGACAGGCUUUGAGAUCAGUUCGGCCGACGCCACCGUGAAGAUCCUCAUUGCCACCGUGCCCCACAACAUGCGCAAGCUAGAGCCGGAUGUACACAUCGAUAUAAAGCUCCUGCAGAACUCCCUGGCUGCAGUUCGCCACGCUCGCUGGUUUGAAGAGAAUGCCUCCCAUUCCACGGUGAAGGUCCUGGUCCGUUUGCUGAAGGACCUGAGGACCCGCUUCCCAGGGUUUGAACCCCUAACCCCCUGGAUGUUGGACUUACUGGGUCACUCUGCAGUCAUGAACAACCCCAGCAGACAGCCACUAGCCCUCAAUGUGGCCUUCAGGCGGAGCCUGCAGAUGCUGUCAUCAGGGCUUUUCCUGCCUGGUUCAGCUGGGAUCACAGAUCCCUGUGAGAAUGGACACUACCGUGUAUUCACUGUCAUGAACCUGGAGCAACAGGACAUGGUGUGCCUCACUGCUCAGACCCUGGUGAGGUUGCUGUCUCAUGGCGGCUACAUGAAGAUUCUUGGUCUGGAUGGAGACGCUACACAUCUGGUGAUGGAGUCGUCCACGUGGGAUGGAGUGACAGUGAAGCCUUCUGAGAAGGCAUAUGAAAAGAUGCCUGAGGUGGAGGAUGAUGGUGAUUGUGAUGGUGAUGGUGAUGCAGAAAUGGAGAGCAUGGAUGCUAAAGAGGGCAUGGACGCUAAAGAGGGCAUGGACACUAAAGACUAAUUGUGGUAAAGGGCUUUUUUCAGUUUGUCAUUCGACUGUGUUGAAUGGUCCCCCUCUGAGGAGGGAUGAGGAUUUAUUUUUUAUUUUUGUACGGUCUCCUACCUGCGCCCAGUUUAAUAAGGGCAUGUUUUGUUUUCAGACAAACCUGAUACUAGGGACACAAGGUGUGGCUUCCAAUGUUUUAUGUUUCAUCAUUUCAUAUCAAGUCUUGUUAACAGAAAUUGAACUAUUUUCUCUUGGCUUAUUGUACGGCAAAGAUUUUGAUUAAAACAAAUGUUUUAUUGACAUUUCUGAUUUCUGUUGUCACUCCCAAUUGAUGGUGCUCCAGUGUACAGUUUCUCUGAGCUGGCUGUCAACAAGAGAUAGAUCAUGUCAGUUUGGUAUCUGAAGAUACUGAGCAGCCAGUGGAGACAAGACCAUCUGGACUAUUUCAGACAGCGGUGGUGUUGUCAGUAAUAACUGGGCUUUAAUCAAUGAACCCAAUUACGGAGUCCCUUGACUGCAGAACUGCAAAAUGUCAAUCAGUUAGAGGAGCUGUGAAGGGAGGGGGAGGCUGCUAGCGCUCAGCAAUUAACACCCAAUGCUGGCUUAUAAUUGAGGUUUUCUCUGGCUAGACGGAGAUAUUGAUCGAGCCAUGGCUGAUAGAAUAUCAUCUAUUUUGUUUGAUGAUGAGUUUUCAGAUGAGUGGACAAAAUACUAUGCUAUUGGUAUGAAAUCUUUAAAGAAGUAUGUCUUAGCUCUUUCGUAAGCCGUUAAACUCCAUGAUUUUCAAUA